AUGGCGAGUAGCAGUCGCCUCCUUCUCUUUGCCGUGCAGCUCCUCGUGCUGUUCGCCGCAGUGGCCGGCACACGGUGGCAGGACUUCCUCCGCCUGCCGUCGGAGUCGGCGUCGGAGGACGACGAUGCCGCGGCGGUGGGGACCAGGUGGGCCGUCCUCAUUGCCGGCUCCAAUGGCUACUACAACUACCGGCAUCAGGCGGACGUGUGCCACGCGUACCAGAUCAUGAAGAAGGGCGGGCUCAAGGACGAGAACAUCAUCGUCUUCAUGUACGACGACCUCGCCGACAGCCCCGACAACCCGAGGCCGGGCGUCAUCAUCAACCACCCAGACGGCGGCGACGUGUACGCGGGCGUCCCCAAGGACUACACGGGCAAGGACGUGAACAACUUCCUCGCCGUCCUGCUCGGCAACAAGUCCGCAGUCACCGACGGCGGCAGCGGCAAGGUGGUCGCCAGCGGGCCGGACGACCACGUCUUCGUCUACUACAGCGACCACGGCAGGCCCGGGGUGCUCGGCAUGCCGUCCGACGACUACCUGUACGCCGAGGACCUGGCGUGCGAGUCCGGGAGCAUCUUCGAGGGCCUCCUGCCGAAGAACAUCUCCGUGUACGCCACCACGGCGGCGAACGCUGAGGAGAGCAGCUGGGGCACCUACUGCCCCGGCGACGACCCGGGCCCGCCGCCCGAGUUCGACACCUGCCUCGGCGACCUCUACAGCGUCGCGUGGAUGGAGGACAGCGACGCGCACAACCGCCGCGCCGAGUCGCUGAGGCAGCAGUACGAGAUCGUGAAGGACCGGACGUCGGCGCACGGCACCUACAGCCUCGGCACCUACAGCCGCGCAGAGCCUCUACACAGGUACCGCAGGGCGGCGGAGGGGACGCCCGAGAAGGCGGAGGCCCAGAGGCGGCUGCUGCAGGUGAUGUCCCGCCGGUCCCGCGUGGACAGCAGCAUGGAGCUCAUCGGUGGCCUCCUGUUCGGGUCGGAGGAAGGGCCCCGGGUGCUCGGCGCCGUGCGGCCGGCGGGGCAGCCCCUGGCCGACGACUGGGACUGCCUUAAGUCCAUGGCGCGCGCGUAUGAGCACCACUGCGGGCCGCUCACGCAGUACGGGAUGAAGCACAUGCGCGCCUUCGCCAACAUCUGCAACGCCGGCGUCGGGGAGGACGCCAUGGCCAAGGUGGCGUCCCAGGCCUGCGCCGCCGUCGCCCGUUCCGACUGA